AUGUAAUAAAAUGUAACAUCAGGACCUGUAAUUAAAUAUAAAAUUGUAUUUUUGGGAGAUUAAUCUGUUGGAAAAACCUCAAUAAUAAAUCGUUUUAUAUACGAUAAUUUUACAGGCAGUGAAUAACCAACAGUAGGUAUUGAUUUUAUUUGCAAAACAUUAACCUUAGAUAACAAAACAUUAAGAUUAUAACUAUGGGAUACUGCAGGUUAAGAAAGAUUUAAAAGCUUAAUCCCUAGUUAUAUUAGAGAUUCUAAUGCAGCAAUAAUAGUAUAUGAUGUGACAAACUAAGCAUCAUUUAAUAAUUUAACCAAAUGGAUUGAAGAAGUAAAAGAAGAAAGAGGAAAUGAUGCAUUAAUAUUUGUUUUAGGAAAUAAAGCAGAUUUAGAAGAUCGAAAAGUUUCAGCUGAAGAAUGCUAAUAAUAAUUAAAAUAAUUCAAUUUAAAAUUGUAAGAAGUUUCAGCAAAAUCAGGAUAAAAUAUUGGUACAUUCUUUAAAUAAUUGGCUUAAUCAUUAAGUGGAGGUUAAAGUAAUGAAAAUUAAAGCAAGCCGGGAUAGUCUUAAUAAAGUGAAGGAGAAAAAGAUAAAUAACCAAUAACUCUUAAGAAUUAAAAAAAUAAUGGAUAAGAAAAAGAAAAAAAUAAAUCUGGUUGUUGUUGA